AUGGCGGACACAACCUCCAAUCCCUUCGUAAUGCUUUUGCGCGAGUCACUCGCACGUGCCAAGAGUAAAUUCAAGAGACGACUGCAACUUGGAAAGGAACACACAGGGCCCACUCCCUCCCCCACGAAAGUCCAGCGGCUUGGUCAAGCUGACUUAGACGCUUGGCCUCUGAUCAAAGCUUCGAUUACCGCCCUUGAGUCUGGGGCCGACUGGUUCGGACCACUGAAAGCAGCUAUCGGACCACUGGUCGAGUGCGUCGAAAUCUACGAGCGCGAGUGGGGCAUGCGCAAAGAACAGCACGAGCUAAGGAAGAAGCUGGAUAGAAUAAUGCAAGACCUGACAGAGCUCAAAAGAUGUUCGGCCGAGUUCGCAAUGACUGGUAGCAUUCAGCGUAUCAUUGACGACAUCCAAGAAGAGGCCGAAAUGAUCAACGAGGCCAACCAGAAGGCGAUAUCAGCAGGAAGACGACUGAAGAGCAUGAUCGAAGGAACAGAGUAUAUACUCGAGUGUUAUAGCCGCAUUGAUGAGCACCUACAACGAUUGGCGCUCAACGUCAACAUCAACAUGAUAAACGCUGUCAGCCAAGAAGCGAAGGAGUUACGUCUGGCCAAGGUUCUGUCCGCCGAGUCAGCCUUUUACGACUCCGGAGGCGUCAAGCGAGGCCGCUGCGCACCCGAAACCCGCAAGCCACAGAUCGAUCUGCUACUGCAAUGGGCAUCGAACCCUGACUCCGGUAGAACAUGCUGGAUGAAUGGAAUGGCCGGCACAGGCAAGACAACCAUCGCAUACACCGUGUGCGAAAGGCUGGGCAGUCAGCUCGGGGCCAGCUUCUUCUGCUCGCGCACGAUCUCAGAGUGUCGACAAGUCAAUUCAAUCAUACCAUGUAUCGCCUACCAGCUCGCACGAUUCUCCGCUCCGUUCGGUCGCGCCCUUGACAGCGUGCUCAAGGCGGACCCUGACGUGCAUCGUCGAAACCUCAAGCAGCAGUACGAGAAGCUGAUAUGCGAACCAUUGGCGAAAGAGAUAAAAUCGAUGCCGCCGGACGUGAUCGUUGUGAUCGAUGCGUUGGACGAAUGCGAGGACCCGGAAAGCGUCGAGCAAAUUCUCGACCUACUGCUGUCACCAGACUACAAGCUUCCGAUUCGCUACCUUGUCUCGAGCCGGCCCGAAAAAGAGAUCUGCGCACGGAUGGCCGCCAGGACCGACGGAUGUGAAGAUACGCCGCUGGUGCUGCACGACCUGGAGUCCGAAGCUGUCAAGGCCGAUAUUGCAGUAUAUAUGCGAGGGGAACUCAAGAACGUUCCGCUGUCAGAAGACCAGUGGUCCGGGAUCCUCGAACAAUGCGGAGUACUAUUUAUCUACGCCUCGACUACAUGCCGCUUCAUCCUCCAGGGUCACAGAUUGGAUACGCUCGACGAGGUAGUCUCGGCAAUUAUCGAGUCUUCGUUCAAGCCAGCAAGGGGUGGGAACCCAAUCGACAGUCUAUACCUAACAAUCCUACGAUCUGCGUUCGGACAGGUUGACAUGAGCGAAGCGGACGGACGAAGAAUGAGAGACCUUCUGGAAACAGUCGUAUGCGCCGUGGAACCAAUGAAGCUGGAAACGAUCGCAAGCAUGCUCGAACUGAGAAGCGUCAAGCAUGUGCACUCUCUGCUGCAGCCGUUACGCUCUAUACUGAACAUUGCGAAAGGAACUGGGAAAGUGAGCACUCUGCAUGCAUCGUUCCCGGACUUUAUACUGUCCCAUGAUCGAUCCUCGGAUUUCUGGUGCGAUCGGCCGGGCCGACAUGCCGCGAUGGCAGAGGCAUGCCUAAGAAUAAUUGGAGCCGCCGAGCCAAAGGUGAACAUAUGCGGCCUGCCGUCGUCAUAUCUGCUGGACACCGAAGUGGAAGACCUUGACGAGCGUGUGCGGCGCGCAAUCUCACCUGGGCUGGCUUACGCAUGCCAGCACUGGUCAACCCAUCUAUACCGCGGCGAGCAUCGAGAAGCGCUAGUGGAUCGUGUGCGCACCUUUUUCUUCUAUAAUCUGCUACUGUGGAUGGAAGUGGUCAACCUACUCAAGAAGAUCCGCCACGGUACCGGCAUCAUUCAGCAAGCGGAAAAGUGGUGCACGAAAUAUACCAUACCAGAAGACGUAUCAAGAAUCGCUCAUGACGCCGUGCAGUUCGUAUCGGUAUACGCCAACCACCCCAUAUCCGAGAGCACACCACAUAUAUACAUCUCUAUGCUUCCGUUCUGGCCUCCAUCGCGACCGGUUUCGACCGCAUACAUGCCAAGAUCAACCGGACUUGUAAAGCCACAAGGCACGGCGAUCAGCCAGCGCACGCUAUCGCUGUUGGCCACCUGGAAGGUCUCGGGUUGGCCAGUCAAAUCGAUGGGCCUAUCCGCUGACGGAGCUCGACUGGCAGUCCCCACCGAGAGCAGCAUCGAUGUGCUCGACACGUCUACCGGCGAAGUCGUUUUUAGUCUCACGAGCCAGCUCGCACAGGGGGUCGACUAUAUUGCUAUGUCCCCCGACGGCACUCAAGUGGCAUUCGACGGUACCGGUGAUACCCUGCAGCUAUGGAACGUGAGCAAAGACCAUACCACCACGGAGCUGCUACCAAGUACUGGCUCGGGUAUUAACUCUGUCGCAUUCUCAUCCAAUGCAUCCCACGUCGCUUGUGGCUUGAAAAAUGGAGACAUAUACAUCUGCUCAUUGCGCACAGCCGAACCCCCGCUUGGACCACUCGAGGGGCACACUAAUCAAGUCAGUUCGGUCACUUUUUCUCCUGACUGCUUGCAUCUCGCAUCUGGAUCACAUAACAACACAGUCUGCAUCUGGGAUGUGCGAACUGGACACUCAAUUGGACAGCCUUUCACAGGUCAUACAAGAUGGGUCACCUCAGUCUCGUACUCGCCUGAUGGCUCACGCCUUGUCUCCGCCUCCUGGGACUGUACUAUCCGAGUGUGGGACAUACGAGCCGCACAGACCGUCCUAGGACCGCUCAAAGCGCAUUCCAGCCUGGUUACCUCUGCUACCUUCUCCCCCAACGCCGCUUUCAUCGCAUCCGCAUCAUUUGAUAACACCAUCCGAGUGUAUGACGCACUCACCGGCGGCACAGUCCUUGGUCCUCUACAGGCCCACACCGGCUCGGUCAACUGGGUCAUAUUCUCUCCUGACGGGUCUCGCCUGUUCUCUUGCUCAAACGACGGCACUGUGCGCAUAUGGAACGUGCAAGAUGCAGCCGUGUCAAAUGCCCUACCUCCGGCUACAGGUCCUUCCGGGGCAAUAUACUCCGUCCGGUACUCGCACAGCGGACUUCGAGUCGUGUCUGGCUCAUGGGAUGGGGCUGUUCAUGUGUGGAAUGCGGAGACGGGCAAGCUAGUGCUGGGGCCGUUGAGCGGACACGAUAAACCUGUUCGGUCUGUUGACUACUCACCAAGUGGCAGAUACGUCGCAUCUGCUUCAUGGGAUCGCACCUUGCGAAUCUGGGAUGCAGACACCGGUCAAGAGGUUCAUGGGCCAAUGGAAAGCCAUGACGAGGACGUGAAUUGUGUACGGUUCUCUCCGGACGAAUCGACAAUCGUGUCUGGGUCGCAUAAUGGUACAGUUCGACUAUGGGAUGUCAAGACCGGCCAGUGCAUGAUGCAGCUACUCAAAGGCGGCUCAGCAAUUCUUUCGGUCGGAUUCUCUCCCGAUGGGCAGCAUGUUGUCUCUGGCUCAGGAGAUGGAAAGAUACGUGUGAUAGACCGGUGGACAGGCAACACGGUGGUUGGUCCAGUCCACGGACACAGUGGCAUCGUCAGAUCAGUCGAGUUCUCGCCAAACGGAAUGCAAAUCGUCUCGGGGUCGAAUGACAAGUCAGUGCGAGUAUGGGAUGCGCAGACCGGACUGCAGGUUGUGGUUUGUGGCGGGGAUCGCGUGUCACAUGACUAUUACGUGACCUCUGUUGGAUUCUCGCCCAAUGGUCUCUACAUCGUGUCUGGCUCUUGGGAUAAGACUGUGUGCGUGUGGGAUGCGCAGACGGGGAAGAUGCUGCUCGGACCACUGAGGAGACACACCAACGUGGUAGAAUGCGUGCAGUUCUCGCCCGACAGCUCACACGUUGUCUCAUGUUCUGACGACCGCACUAUCCGGUUCUGGGACGUCUCGAGUUGCGCCAUGAAGUCGCAGACACAGGAAGAGGCUGGAGGUGAAAGCCAAACAGCCCACCCUGGCCAGGAUCUCACCAAAGCGCUCGACUCUUGGACACUCCACGACGAAGGCUGGGCAGUAGACUCAGAGAAUCGGCGGCUGGUAUGGGUGCCAUCGGAUCUCCGCGUCCCGCUUCCCAUUCCUCCGAACGACCUCACGAUUUCUGACCAAGGAGGUUUGAGGCUGGAUUUUGAUGGGGCUAUGGAGGGAGAAACGUGGACAGGCUGCUUUCGUAUUUGA